AUGUCGCGUGCUCCGCUUAUGUAUCAAGUUUUUGCUUUAGUACUUUUGAGUUUCUGCAUUUAUAAGAAACAAUUUAUACAAUCAGAUGGCAUAAGUAUUACUAUACUUGAAGAAGAUGAAGGGAUGGUGAAGGAGAACUACAUAUUUUCGACAAUUUGGAGUUACAAUCGAAGCAGUGAGUGUUUUGUUUAUCAAUCAACAAGAAGAAGUAUGUAUGUGCUUUUGUUGUUAAUAUGUGGUGAUAUUGAGGCAUGUCCAGGACCGUUAAAUGCUCAAUUACAUGACUUUAUUCAACUCAGAGGAAUAAAAAAUUUUCACCAAAAUGUUUGCGGAUUGUUCACUAAGUUUCAUAGUCUGGAAGAAUUGUUUGACCGGCAUGAAAAUAUCGACAUUUUAGCGCUUUCGGCAACGCAUAUAGUUAAUGGACAGUUUAAUGAUAAUGAAGACCUGUACAAAAUCCCUGGAUAUAUGUUGGUGAAGAGUAAUCGGAAAGUUGGAAAAGGUGGGGGUGUAGCUAUAUAUAUAUUAAGGAAUGCAUUGAGUGGAGAAGAAGGCAAGAUCUUGAGAAUGAUAGCGUCGAAAGCAUGUGGAUUGAA